AUGGCCGAACUCAAUCCGGAUGUUAAAUCAUCACAGAUUUACCGACGUGCUGACAACCAGCUAGGUGAGCGUUACGUCACCAGGUUCUUUGUUUGGUGUAUCGUCAAUGGUGGCGUCUACGCAUCAGAGAGUGGAAGACUUAUCUGGCCACGGAAUGGACAGACCCUAAGCCUCCGAGUCGAUAGAGUCAUCCAGGCAUUCAGAGAGUAUGUCGACCUGCGGUACCCUGCUACAGGUGGUGGUGAUGAGAGCACACAGCAUCAGACAGCGAACAAAACCAAUGCCGUGCGCACGCUCUGUCUUGGUCUACUGGAGUACCCAAAGGUGUUUGACGCACUUGUUCUCUAUUGCUCAGGGUUCCUUGCCAAUCCUUCACGUGGUUCAUACACACGGUCCAUUUCCAAAGAGGACCUUAUCAUCGACUUCCUAGUGAGGUAUAGUAGGGAGUUCUCUCCAAGUGACUUGAAAGCACUCGAUUCGAAGUACUCGGGUAUGGAUGAUGCCAAAGCACAACAGAUAUGUGAUCAGAUCUCCCGGGCAACAAGACGGACCACCGUAGUCUACGAAGCCGAGGAUCUCUCUGACAUCGACUCCGUGGUCAUGAAAUUGAUGAAGAUGAUGUACGAAACGUUCACCGAGGUCGAUGAUGGAACACAACAAGUUGUCCUGCGUGAAGACGUCCGUAUGAACAAUGAUGCUGUACCACUCCAACUGAUUGCAAAUUAUAGACAGGUGAUGGAUUGGACAAGAUAA